CCUUUCUCAUCGAUGUUAAAGUUUUGAAAAAGUUAAAUGAUAAUGAAGUGCUAGGCUGGAUGUAGUACAGUUUGUCUCUAAAUUACAGACACCCAUUAACUUUUAAAAAGAAUCCAUGUUUUUUAUUCUUGUGAGAGAUUAAAGCAAAAACGAGGAGAAGUCACCAUUGUUCGAACUGGAUCGUCUAACGCUUCCCAGAUUUCCUGUUCCUGUGUGGAAGAAUUACCGUGAGCAGCUGACAAGAGAUUGAGGGGCAGUGACGCAAAACUCACUGUAUACGAAAGCAGCCGUGUGGACUGACUCGCAGGACUCGGCUCUGUCUAACACUCGUGGGGUUACUCUUCAUUGUCAACAUUCAGCAGAGGGACAUUUGCAUACUUCAUCACAUUGAGUGACUUUUUGUUUGGAUCUUUCUCGACUCUCCCUUGACCAGAGAUUCAUUUUUCUUUCUUGUUAGCUGUUGUUUUUAAACGCAACCAUUUUUUCGGGAACAAAACUGGGAUUUUCCCUCAUAUUAUGCACUUCAAUGGAUACCAGUGGCUCAUUGGUUAGCACGCGAGCUAAGGACCAGUCCCUUCAUGUCCGCUACAGGAUGGAGGUGUCCUGCCUGGAACUGGCGUUGGAGGGUGAGCGGCUCUGUAAGGUGGGCGACUACAGAGCAGGCGUCUCCUUCUUUGAGGCUGCCAUCCAGGUAGGCACAGAGGACCUGCAGGUGCUCAGUGCCAUAUACAGCCAGCUGGGCAAUGCUUACUUCCACCUGCAUGACUACGCGAAGGCCCUGGAGUUCCACCGGCAUGACCUCACCUUGACCAGAACAAUUGGUGACCUGCUUGGAGAAGCCAAAGCCAGUGGAAACCUUGGCAACACAUUAAAGGUGUUGGGGCGGUUUGAUGAGGCUGUGGUUUGCUGUCAGAGGCACUUGGACAUAGCGAGGGACAUGAUUGACAAGGUGGGUCAGGCACGAGCUCUGUAUAACUUUGGGAACGUGUACCAUGCCAAAGGGAAAAGUAUCUGCUGGAGUGGAGCUGAGCCUGGAGACUUCCCAGAGGAGGUCAUGAUAGCACUGAGGAAGGCAGCAGAGUACUAUGAGGCAAACUUAGCGAUAGUGAAGGAGCUUGAAGACCGGGCUGCCCAGGGUCGAACCUAUGGGAACCUCGGCAACACACACUAUUUGUUGGGAAACUUUCGCAAAGCCGUGGCCUCUCAUGAACAGCGCUUGCUCAUAGCAAAGGAGUUUGGUGACCGUUCGGCAGAGAGACGGGCUUACUGCAACCUGGGGAACGCCUAUAUCUUUUUGGGGGAAUUUGAAGUGGCAGCUGAGCAUUACAAGAGGACACUGCAGCUGGCGAGGCAGUUGAAGGAUCGAGCUGUGGAGGCCCAGGCCUGCUACAGUCUGGGCAACACCUACACUCUUCUCCAGGACUACGAGAGAGCCAUAGACUACCACCUGAAACACCUCAUCAUAGCCCAGGACCUCAAUGACAGGAUUGGGGAGGGCCGUGCAUGCUGGAGUCUGGGAAAUGCUCACACUGCACUGGGGAACCAUGAUCAAGCCAUGCACUUUGCUGAAAAACACCUGGAAAUCUGCAAAGAGACUGGAGACAGGAGCGGAGAGCUGACGGCUCGUAUGAACGUGUCUGAUCUCCAGAUGGUUCUGGGUCUGAGCUACAGCACAAAUAACUCCACCUUCUCUGAGAAUAAAGAUAUAGACUACAACCUGCAUGGAGCAAGGCCCAGGAUGGGCAGAAGACACAGCAUGGAGAACCUGGAGCUGAUGAAACUCACUCCGGACAAGAUGAAUGGUCAGAAGUGGAACAGCGACAUCCUGACCAAACAGUCCAAACCCUCUCUGGCUAAGAGCUCCUCCAAGCUGUUCUUUGUCAGCCGUCUGCGUGGGAAGAAGUACAAGACCGGUGGUUCCAGUAAGGUCCUCCAGGACACCAGCAACACCCUGGACACCAGUCAGACCCCUGCGCAGGGACCACAGAAGCGACUCAGUCCUGAUAUGCUCGGAGACGAGGGCUUCUUUGAUCUGCUGAGCCGUUUCCAGAGCAACCGUAUGGAUGACCAACGCUGUUCAAUACAGGCUAAGGGCAGCAGGUUAUCCAUAAACAGUGUCCCGGAGUCGCCUCCUAGAGCCAUCAGGAAAUCUGUGUCAGAGUCCGCUAACAUCUCAGGUGCUCAAGGCAGACGGUUAGAGGAGUCGUCAGCAACAGGGGGAAGCCUGCCCGGCCUCAGGCUCCAUCAAAACAGCAACCAGGCCGUGCUCAACCACCUGAUGGCCAAUGCUGACAACCCUGAGCCUGACGACGACUUCUUUGACAUGCUUGUCAAGUGCCAGGGGUCCCGUUUGGAUGACCAGCGGUGUGCCCCUCCCCCUCCUCCUGUCCGAGGGCCCACUGUACCAGAUGAGGACUUCUUCAGCCUCAUCAUGCGCUCUCAGGCCAAACGAAUGGACGAGCAACGCGUCACCCUGCCUUCAGCAGCUAACACUACAGCCAGGCCCAGCUCCAGCUCCAGCUCCAGCUCCAAAUGAACUAAGCACUAAAGGGACAGACAGGUGUCUUUUUCUUUUUUUUUAGACUCAUGAAGGAGUGGACAGCGUUGGUAUUGACCAGUGGGGCAGUCACUCAGAAGAAACCCUUCUGUCUCUUUACAUUCAUCCUUUUAGACAAAACAAAGCACUGUCAGCAUUGUAUGUAGUGUACAGUAUGGAAAUAUCUCAAAUUAAUGAGGACUCAUUUCGCACAACUUGCACAAACUCUCAGUAGCAUCAGGGACAAAAGUGUUGUUGUUUUUUUUAUUCACUGUUUUUAAUGAUUCUCUGUUCCUGCAAAUUUCAUUUUUCAAUAGACAACUGCAGUUAUGUUUGUAUUUAUUGUACUUUUUAUGAUUGUUAUGAUUCUGCCGUCCCACCACUAUGAAGUAAUGUGGUUAUAUUCACAGAGGUACAGCACUCUUUCCAUGUGUUUUGUUUAUAUGUGAGGUCUUUGUUUGGUUUAAGCGUUACCGAGGUCAGACAGAGGAAACUUAACAAAAACUAUUGUAAGCAAACUGUUUGAUAAAAGAAUGAAUUUAACCCUUGUACAGCCCUUAUAGUCUUUUGUACUAAAUCUUUUGAGUGAGGUCAGAUAAAUAAACCCGCAUUCAUGUAGGCAUCUUGUUUUGACUUCUUUUAAAUGUAAACUCAUCUCAACAACACAAACAGCUUGUGUAAAAGACACUUUAUUUAACGUACCAGCAGUCUGACUUGAGUUAGCUUGAAUUAAUUUAAGUCACCUUUAAAAACAAGACUUAGAAAGGCUUAAUACAAGAGCCACUAGCAUUUCCAAAACAUACUAAUAACUGUACAUACAUAAACACAACUGAAAUAAAUACAUCUAUGUACGUAUUAGUUUGGCCUCAUUUGUUAUACUAUACAUUAACAUAAAAACUUAAAUAUGCAUAUUUGUAAGUAAAUAAUUGUUAAAAGACAAAAGUGCGCAUGUAAAAUACAAGAAAAGAAUACAAUGCAUAUGCCCCAAAUACUGUUUCUAAAUAAAUAUCAAAACACCCGUGCUUCCUUUCAGAUUUCGUUGUGCAUAUGGUUAGACCCUUUUUAUGGGAAAAGACUGCCACCUACUGUUGUUAUAUUAUUACAGCAGUAGACAAACCAAAGCUUUUAAACACUUAAAAAUCCUAAAUUGAAUGCUAGGGCGCUCAACCAAAAAUUACACUUUGUAUUUCCCUUUGAUGCCGACAUAAUAACGAUCUUCCAUUGCAAGCAAGCCAUUGCAAGACACUGUAACAACUACAGCGCAAAAACACUGAUUUCAAAUUUAAAACAAAUGCACAAGCUAAUUUACACAUUUUGAGUUGGAGUAAUGCAGUGGACACAGUAACAUUAGACAUCAGUACAUCCCACAGGGAAGCAACAGCUGACUGAUUGGCAGUUUGAUGUCCACAGAUUCAGCCUUCGGAUAGGAAAAGCUCACUACUGACACACUGAAAAAUUACAUUUUACACCAUAAAUUCGACUCUUGUUUUCCCAAACAAUAUAGCAGCAUUACACUAGCUGUAAGAAAAUGAUAUGCAAAAGAAGGAAUGUAGGAUUCUUCAAAAUAACUGACAAAAUUUGAUCCUGAAAAAUGACCAUAUUAUCUUUUUUUGUUUGUUUUUUUUACAUUUUUGUUAUGGAAACUGAGAACUGAAGGAAGGCACCAUCAUGAACAAAGCACUCUGUCCUGUCUAACCUCAACAACUCCUCUGUGAAUAGGACAUGCAGCAAAUGACUGGUGUGUAAGGAGUGAGGAUGUACAAUGACACCGUGUGGAUGAAGUGAGAAAAAUGAAUGAUGCUGCUGUUUUACCCUCCUCAAGAUGACAACAAUCAGUGGGAUAACUGCAAUGUGAGAGAUGUGAAGACAAAGGAGAACAUGCAACAUGUGUGCUUUUGAUGCGUCACAGGUUUGUAUCCAUUUGGUUUCCUACAGACAGAAGGGAAAGGCUCAUUCACCUGUGUGUGCGUGCGUGUGUGUGUGUGAGAGAGAGAGAG